ACCUAACCUCACUUUAUUUAUAACCUCAAAGAAAUGUUAACACUCAAACUGGCAAAAAAUUUAUAAAAUCAGUGAAUUUUCUCCGAAAAAUGACCGCGAACGAUAAAUUUUCGUUAUACAUUUACGACGGCGACUACGGUUUGCCCUCGAUGCACGUCGACUGUAUAAAAUCCCUACUCUACACAUCGAUCGCCAAAGUGCCCUUACAGAUCAAACUGCUGAACAAUAUAAAGUUAUGUACCUUUUAUAGCGGUCCAUAUUUCGUACAUAAACACUUGUCCUUUGGAGCAUACAGUGAAAUUGUGCCCUACAUAAACACCUUGGGUUAUAAUUUGGAUUUUGAAUUGAACCCGAAGCAGAAAAGUGAGUCUUUGGCCCUGUCGAACAUGGUUCAAAUGAAACUGCGCGGACCAUUAGAGUAUGUGUUCUGGUUGGAUCAAAGAAACUUUGAGGAGUUCACCAGGGUGUGGUUCACGAGGGCCUUACCUUGGCCUUUAAGUAUUUUUUAUAUAAACAGAGCCAAAGAGACUGCCGAGAAUCUCAUCCAGAGCAUGUAUGCCACUGACUGUUCCAUGGAGAUUAUUCGUGAUAAUUUAAGUGCUUUGACCGCAGAAUGUUUGUCAUCCCUGUCGGCCAGACUAGGUACCUUAAGCUACUUCCAUGGAGACUCACCGACUAGCUUGGAUGUUAUUGUUUAUAGCUAUGUGGCCCCUUUGCUUAAAGUGCCUUUUCCAUCAAACAGUAUUAGCAGUUUAGUGUCUGCUUGGCCCAAUUUGGUCAGCUUUGUCAAACGAAUCGAAGCAAAGUAUCUACCGGAAGUACCCAAGGAGUCAAAAUACUUAAAACAUGAAGAACAAACCAAAACCUCUGACGAUGAUGUCUCUUAUGUGGCUAUAUCUUUAUUGACUGUUAGUGCAGUGACUUUGGUUGUCGGGUUUGCAAUGAGCAGAGGGUUUAUAACUUCCAGGAUGUAUUAAAUAAAAAAAAACUAUUGGGGAUGCAUUUAGGAUUUGAAAUUUGUUUGUAUUUAAAUUGCAUUGAUGUAAAAAUGAUUUUUUUUCAAGGAAAUAAAAAUGUGAUUUUGUUAGUUA